UGCCGUACUUGUUCCUACAAUAUUUUACAUGCACGUGCCACAUUGGUGUAAAUGAACUUGUUUUUAUCUGACGAAAUUUAAACAUGUUAUUGGACUGAAUGUUUUGGUAUACCAACAGCCGACUCUAUUUUUAGAUCAAUGGGAAUUCCAUUCAGUUGCUAUUAAUAUUUACGCAUAACACGUAUAGGAAAACGCAAAUUAAAUCAAGUUACUUACUGUUAGGAACAUAAAAAGCAAAAUGCAGCCGACGGGAGAUUUAGUUCCACAAAGUCGACCUUUGUACCAAGCUAUUCAUGGACCGGGUCAGGUAAUGAACAAUGCCGGUGGCUAUGUAUUCACCAUGGAUGAUAUGGACAGAUGCAGGCGGUUCCUUAUCAUGGGUACGGAAGGAGGAACAUAUUAUGCGAAAGAAACAGAUCUUAAAAGAGGAAAUGUUCAGUGCAUCGAUCGUUUAAUCUCAGAUGGAAGAGGAAGAGAAGCUGUGGAAGCGAUCCGUGACAUAAGCAUCAAUCGACGCAAUGUGCGUCAGAAUUCCCUGCUGUAUGCAUAUGCUAUCUGUUGUCGAUCAAACAACAAAGAAGUAAAGAAGCUAGCAUACAGCUACUUGUCAGAGAUAUGCCGGAUCCCGACUCAUCUGUUCAUGUUUAUAAAGUUUUGUGAGGAGGAGAGCAGGGGAGAAGGGGAACCAGCUACUGGAACUGGAUGGGGUAGAGCCCACAAACGAGCAGUUGCCAAAUGGUACACAAACUUCAUCAACAAUCCCGAGAAGUUGGCGCGUCUCGUUACCAAGUACAAGAACAGAGAGGGCUGGACACACAAAGACCUUCUGAGACUGGCCCAUGUCAGCACUAAAGACCCUGUGGUUGGAUUCAUAUUGAGGUACAUUGUCAAAGGCUAUGCAAAGGCCCAGGAGAUGUACAUAUGCAAUACAGCUAGACAGACGGACGAAAUAGCGCGUCUGGCCAUGCUGGAGGGCGUCAACAACCUCAUACAAGGCGUCGAUCAAGCAAGCGCGACAACAGACCCCAACCAGCUAUGUGAGCUCAUUGAGAAGUACCAGCUAAACUGGGAACACUGUCCCUCUCAGUUGCUGCGGAGUCCUGAAGUGUGGCGGCAGUUACUGAAAAAGAUGCCCAUUGAGGCGAUGGUGCGGAACCUUGGACGGAUGACAGAGCUGAAGUUGUUUGAGGGAGAGGGUGGCAAGGAGUCGCUGGACCUAGUACUAGAUAAGCUGCGCUCCAUCAACACUGAGGCUGAAGUGCCAAUGGAGGAGGAAGGGGAUAGUGGUGAGGGUCCCAGUAGGGGCCACAGGGUCAACUUCCUUCAUCCAUUCAAGAUCCUUCUGGCCCUUGAAGCAUACAGGAAAGUUGAGGAAAGUGGAAAGAAAGGUAAGCUGACCUGGACUCCUAACCAACAAAUCGUGGACGCCCUUGACUCCGCCUUCUAUCAGGCAUUCUCCCAGGUCACACCUACUGGCAAGAACUACUAUCUGGGUGUUGAUGUCAGCGGAUCUAUGGGUGUGCCUGUACUAGGAUCCAGCGUGAUCACAUGUCAGAUGGCAGCUGCUGCUAUGAUGAUGACCACUGUAAGAACAGAGGAGAACUGUAAGAUCAGAGCAUUCAGUGACCGCAUGGUGCCACUUGAAAUCAAGCGUGACGACAAGAUGCAGACAGUUCUGGACAAAAUGAGAGACAUGACUUUUGGCUCCACUGAUUGUUCUGUACCCAUGAAAGAUGCAAUCGAGAAUAAGUGGCAAGAUAUCGAUGUCUUUAUGGUGUUCACAGACUGUGAGACAUGGAUUGGAAACGUCCACCCAUGCCAGGCUUUGGUGGAGUACAGAAAAUACUCGGGGAAACGAGAUGUAAAACUGAUUGUGUGUGGUAUGACUGCUACUGAAUUCACAAUAGCUGACAAAGAUGAUAAAUACAUGCUGGACAUCGCAGGAUUUGACUCCUCCGCACCGGAGUUAAUAGAACGGUUCUCACGUGGGGAAGUGUAGUGGUCUUUGUAUUGAUGGAAUGGAGCAUUUUGUUGUACCACUUUUUAGUAAAAGGUGGAUAAUAAGCAUUUCUUUAUUAAACAGAAACUAAGGAAUAAAAAAGUCAAUUUACAAAAUAAAGACUUAUUGUAGUACAAAUGUUACUGUUGAGGACUUAGGAAAAUGUUCAUAUAUGCAUAUAUCAUUUGGUGAUUACAUAUGCUUCACAUAUUUUAAAUGUAUAAUACAUGUAUAUAAUAAAUAACAACUGCACACAUGUUGAAUAACUUAGCGCAGAAUAUUCAAAGUGAUGUUAUAUGACAGCACUCUAAUCAGUAAAGCUUUAUAUUAUUCAGUAAUAAAAAAUGGUUAUGUUGAGGUAUACAACUGUAAUAACAUUGGAAAAUAUUUACAUUGAAUUUUAAUUGACAUGUUUAUGUGUACUUUUUAACCAGGUUUUCCGAAGGAAAAAACUGGUUAUUAGAUUGGAGAAUGUCGACGGGUGGGCGGGCGGACUGGCGGGCGGGCGGAACAAGCUUUUCCGGACCAUAACUUUGUCGUUCAUUGUGAGAUAUUUAAAUCAUUUGGCACAUUUGUUCACCAUCAUAAGUCGGUGUGUUGCGCGAAAGAAUUACGUCGAUAUCUUCAAGCUCAAGGUCACACUUUGAGUUUAAAGGUCAAAAAUGGCCAUAAAUGAGCUUGUCCUGGCCAUAACUAUGUCAUUCAUUGUGAGAUUUUAAAAUCAUUUGGCACAUUUGUUCAACAUCAUUGGACGGUGUGUCGCGCGAAAGAAUUACGUCAAUAUCUCCAAGGUCAAGGUCGCCACGACUCAAAAUAUAUUGAUUUUGAAACAAUUGGGGUAAACAAUCUGUAACGAUGCACAUUAUGAGUUGGUCUCCCUUUAUCAGACUUUUUGGUUUUGUGACAAUUUUGUCCCUUGUUUUAACGUAUAUUGUUGUUUGAUAAUGAAUGGUUUGUUAAAUACAUUACUGCUUUUUAGCUCACCUGUUACAAAGUGACACGGUGAGCCUAUGUGAUCGUGUGAUGUCCGGCGUGCAUGCAUGUGUGUGUCCGUCAACAAUUUUUUUGUGUAGACAGUAGAGGUCACAGUUUUCAUCCAAUCUUUAUGAAAUUUGGUCAGAAUGUUUAUCUUGAUAAAAUCUGGGUUGGGAUUGUAUUUGGGUCAUCUGGGGUCAAAAACUAGGUCACUAGGUCAAAUAAUAGAAAAACCAUGUGUAGAUAAUAGAGGUCACAGUUUUCAUCCAAUCUUUAUGAAAUUUGGUCAGAAUGUUUAUCUUGAUGAAAUCUGGAUUGGGAUCCUAUUUGGGUCAUCUGGGGUCAGAAACUAGGUCACUAGGUUAAAUCAUAGAAAAACCUUGUGUUGACAAUAGAGGUCACAGUUUUCAUCAGAUCUUAAUCAGGGUUCACACAGACCUUGAAAAGUGCUUAUAAAAGCUGUGGAGUGCUUAAAAAGUGUUUAUUUGCAUAUUAAAACUUAAAAAAUGCUUAAAAGGUGUUUAUUUUGGGCUUCAAAAGUGCUUGAAAAACAUACCAAGGGUAAAAAUAUAUAAUUUCAUAUCUUUUCCAUGAGUCCGAUGUCGUAGUUUGUUUUCAUUAUUUAUGACGGUUCUGAUCUGUUCUUACUGGCAGGUACUGGAUCGGUACAGGUUUUAGAACGUAAGGGAGGCAACUACUACUAAUCUUCCGCCUAUUGGUCUACUUCGAGUUUUUCUGUACGCAUUAUGCCAUUACAGUGCUGACAAGUUGAAAUAUGCCAGCAAAUAAUUGCAUUUUUCAGAAAGGAUGGCUUAUGAUGUACCCUUGGGUUGUUGACAAUGCCGAUUCUAAAGCCAAAGCAUCUUGUAAAGUAUGCAGAAAAGAUAUAGAGAUUGUUAGUAUGGGGGAAUCAGUAUUGAAAAUCAGUAUUGAAAAGCCACCAGAAUAGUGCAUUUAGAACAUUGAGAACACAUAUUCAAUACAAAUUACAGGUUUUGUUUUGGUAAGUGUAAUGCCUUCGAUCAAAUACUAUAUCAUAAUGAAAUCUCUUACUCUUGAUUAAACAGUUGUUACUGUAGCAGGGUAGUGCAGACUGUUGUAAGUCACAUAGAAUGUUAAGCAAGAAGAUACCAAUUUAGCAAAUGUUGUCAGUAUUGGACACAGAAUAAUAUACAGUUUUCAGUAGGUCGGACUAAAAAAGUGCUUGAAUUUGGAUUUUUACCUUGAAAAGUGUUUAAAAAGUGCUUGAAUUUCAUUGGAGAAAAUCUGUAUGAACCCUGUUAAUGAAAUAUGGUCAGAAAGUUUGUCUUGUUAAAAUCUAGGUUGGGAUUGAAUUUGGGUCAUCUAGGGUCAAAAACUAGGUCACUAGGUCAAAGUUAAAAAAACAACUUGUGUAGACAGUAGAGGUCACAGUUUUCAUCCAAUUUUAAUAAAAUUUGGCCAGAAUGUUAAUCUUUAUGACAUCUGGGUUGAGAUUGUAUUUGGGUCAUCUUGGGUCAAAAACUAGGUCACUAUGUCAAAUCAUAAAAAAAAACCUUGUGCAGACAAUAGAGGUCACAGUUUCCAUGAGAUCUUUAUAAAAUGUUAUCAGAAUGUUUAUCUUGAUGAAAUCUGGCUUGGGAUUGUAUGUGGGUCAUCUGAGGUCAUAAAGUAGGUCCCCUGGACAAAUCAUAGUAAAACUUCCUGUAGACGAUAGAGGUCACAGUUUAUCAGAUCUUUAUGAAAUUUAGUCAGAAUGUUUAUCUUGAUUGAAUCUGGGUAGAGAUUAUAUACAAUUCAACUCAAUUCCUAAAAAUGAACUUAUGCACUUUGAUGACUUUCAAUUUUUGACCACUUGUGCAACUUAAUUUAUUGAUAUGAACUAUAUGAGUUAUCAAGUAACCGGAAUUAUUUAUACUAUAUAUUCCGUGAAUGAGAGAUUUCAUUACUUAACAUACUAAUAUCUUUAGUUUAUUUAUGUUUUAGUGUACUAUGUGAAGGUGAGCCGUAAACGUUUUGGGAUUCUUUGAAGAUGAUGUGUUACAUCUCAUUUUAUUCUGCAUUAUAUUUGAUUUAAAAUGACCUAAAUUAGAUGUUACAUUCAACAAACAUUAUGUAUGUAACUCACAGUCAUGCUAAGUUACCAACAAUAAUUCUGACCAUUAACUUUGACUGAAUCAUUUUUGUGAUGCAGCUAUAGUCCUGAAAUGUGGUUCAUUUGUACUUCAUGAUAUAGCUAGCCAUAGUCUGAUAGAAUUUAAGUUGAUGUAGCAAGGUAAGUCAGGUGAGCGAUUCAGGGCCAUCAUGGCCCUCUUGUUAAGUUUGUUAUUAUAUAUUAUGUAGUAACCACUACGUAAUUAAAUAGUUAAAUGCUUUUGUUUGUAUAAAUAUUAAUUGCGAAUGAUGUAAUUCUUGAAAUUGUAGAACCUUUGUGUAGGUAACAAUGCUUCCUUAUUGCCUCCCAUAGUUACUACAGCUUAGAAUUUGUUAUUGUGAUUGUCAUGUCAUUUGCUACACAAUUUCUUAUUUCAUCGUUGACAGUCUUAUGAACUCUAUAUUCAAAGAUUUUAAAAUAAAAAACUGCAGCACCCUA